UGCUAUAUUGAUCACAAGUUUCAGAUUGAUUUUUUAUCAAAAAAACAAAUUAAAACUUCCAGUGACGAACAAUGGGUUUGUUGGCUUUCUUCACUGUGGCUUUGAUGCCAGUGUUGAUGACGUUGUUGUUAACAAUAAUUGGUCUGUUUCUUGCCAUGGAUCACAUUAAUCUACUUGAUCCAAUUGCAAGGAAUCGCAUAAAUAAUGUAUCUGUCAUCCAACCUGUUUCUGGAUGUGGACUUGCUAUACUUUCCAUUUUCUCCCAUUUUUACUUGAAGGAGCUUAUGAAUGUUGUAGAUUGGCUGGGAAUCGCAUUGGCUGGCAUUGGUACAAUAGGUAAUGUCUACACUCCGAGGAUUGCGCCUUAUGCGAGGAAUUUGAUGUGGUUCGUGAGCAAUGGGCUAAGUUUUUUACCAACAAGUAUUUAUUAUUGGCUUUAGCGCGCUUGAUCGAGUUGGUUUAGUUGUUAUAGAAUAAAUUUUAUAUUAAAAUGUAUGUUUAUGUUGAAAUUGGAACAUAUAUUUAAAUGUAAUAUGUGCACUUUGGUUUUGGGAUAUAUAGUAUACAAAACUCCAGUUGUUGUUUUUAUAUUUGUUAUACAGGUUGCGUUAUUCUAUUAUUGUUUUGACAGGUUUCUAUAUUUGGUGCAAGGCACUCUAGGUAUCCCUAAACAAAAUUAGAAUUUUCCCGCCAAAAGUGCUUUUUUGCAGCGUACAUAUAUGUUGUACGCUGCAACAAGGGAAAAAAUUUUCGCAAAAAUUCAGACUUGUUGCAGCGUACAAAUAAAUGUACGCUGCAAAAAGUUGAGUCUGUUGCAGCGGGCUUUUAUAUGUACGCUGCAACAAGUCCAAAAUUUUGCCAAUUUUUUGGCACUUGUUGCAGCGUACAUCUAAAA